UUAGGGCUGCAGCGUCGGCUGGCUUGACCGCGGUUCGGUGCCUCAGUGUGUCUCAACAUGAGACAUAACAGAAGGUUGUUCAGGUGCUUUCGUCUGGGCCGGGGGGCUAACUUUUAAAGAAGAAUGUGAGCUCAAUAAUCGCGUGUGAGGUGUCGAGACGUGAGCGAGCGCCUAGUGGGCGGCGAGCCCGCUGCGGCGCUGCAUGCGACGUUGGUGCGGAGGCUUCAAGAUGGCGGAAGCCCUGACAACUCAGGAGGAGCUGGCUGUGGAGGCCUUCCUGAAUGAGGUACACAGCAGGGAGCUACCUCACAGCGCUGGGCUCGUCUCCCAACCUACAGCUGUUAAGUUUCUUAUGGCCCGCAAGUUUGACGUCUCCAGAGCCAUCGAUCUAUUCCAAGCUUAUAAGAACACAAGAAUCAAAGAGGGCAUCAUCAACAUAAACCCAGACGAGGAGCCCCUCCGCUCUGAGUUGCUGAGUGGCAAAUUUACAGUGCUGCCUGGCCGAGAUGCAAAGGGGGCAGCUUUAGCGCUCUUCACCGCCCGCCUCCAUCGACCAGACGUCACCACCCACAGAGCCGUGCUACAGGCCAUCAUCUAUCAGCUGGACAAAACUAUAGAGAGCUCACAAACUCAAAGAGACGGGCUCAUUUUUAUUUACGACAUGACAAACUCGAGCUACGGGAACUUUGACUACGAGCUCUGUGUCAAGAUUCUCAAUCUGCUCAAGGGAGCUUUUCCCGCUCGUCUGAAAUGUGUCUUCAUCGUGUCCUCUCCACUUUGGUUUCGAGCCCCUUUUGCAGUUCUACGCCUCUUUGUACGAGAGAAGCUAAGGGAAAGGGUAUGCACAGUGAGAGCUUCUGAGCUGGCCAGCCACAUCCCAGUCUCCUCUCUUCCUGAACACCUGGGUGGGACAUCCCAGUACAGCCACGUAGCUUGGAUCCAGUCCUGUGUUAACAUGCAAACAAACACUUUUCAGGGUGACACACAGGAACACGACGCCCAUGACUGUGUGGGCAGCUUGUUGCGCUCCUACAGCUUGGACAACAGCAACACGAGCAUAGACGACCCGCCGCCCCACGCUCUCAUGAAUACACAGCUGGGUACUGAGCAUAGCGUGGCUAACUGCUACGGUGACAACAAUGCGAACCCACACAACCACUUUGGUGCUGUAGAGGGCAGGACUCGAGGCCCGGGCCAGUGCCAGCAGAGCUUAAGUUCUGGUGCCGACAAGGGGAACCACCAACACUGGAAUGGCUCAGCAGUGAGCGCUGCCAACACCAGUGGUAGUGGCCCAAACACAAAUAUAAAUGGCCGUGGCUGCCAAGCUCCUCCCCAGUCUGACACUCCUCCCAUCACGCCACUUUCACACAAAGGAGAUGGAGACACAGCCGAUGGCGAAGCAGCACACUCUACAGUUUCCUCUCACAGUGAGGGUGUGAAGGGCAAUGGUGAGGGUGGAGAGGGGGCUGCAGUGCCUCCGUUGCCUCAGAAGUGCCUCCCUCGCCCACCCAACCAGCCUUUCUCUCAUUCCCCACCCUUGUCUUCAUCGUGGGGUCCUGAUGAUGAGAGGCGCUACGCUGAGGUGUCUGUUCACAUGCCAGACCAGGGAGGCUUGACUGUUCAUAAGCUGGUGGAUUAUGUGAAAAGGAAGAAGAAGAGGGGGAUCUACCAGGAGUACGAGGAGAUCCGAAAGGAGCCUCCAGCAGGGACCUUUGACUACUCAAAGAAAAUGGCCAAUCAGGUUAAGAACCGGUACAGCGACGUCCUCUGUCUGGACCAGUCACGAGUACGACUCUGCCAGCUUUCUGAUGAAGAGGAUGAGACAUCGGAUUACAUCAAUGCCAGUUUCAUGGACGGGUACAAGAGGAGCAACACUUACAUCGCUACUCAGGGUCCUUUGCCAAAAACCUUUGCUGACUUCUGGCGGAUGGUAUGGGAACAGAUGGUACUUAUCGUUGUCAUGACCACCAGGGUGGUUGAGCGAGGACGUGUCAAAUGUGGUCAGUACUGGCCUCUUGAGGAGGGCAGGACUGAACAACAUGGAUACUUCAGGGUCAAGAACACACAAAUCCAGGUGUUUCAGGACUUUAAACUCUCCCAUCUUGAAUUAUAUAACACACAGUCUGGAGAGAAACGAGAAGUGUACCACUACCUCUAUGUCAGCUGGCCAGACUUCGGGGUACCUAAAAGUGCGUCUGCUAUGUUGGACUUCCGUGAACAUGUACUUCAAACAAGGAAGGUUGCAGUCCAGAACCUGGGAUCCAGCUUGAGGGGGCCUCCGGGGGGCCCUCCAGUGGUUGUGCAUUGCAGUGCUGGCAUUGGACGCACAGGCACAUUCUGCACACUCGACAUAUGCCUAUCCCAGCUGGAAGACGUUGGCACAGUAGAUAUCCGCCAGACUGUGCGCAGGAUGCGCACACAGAGAGCUUUCAGCAUUCAAACCUGGGACCAGUACUACUUUUGCUACACCGCAGUCAUCGAAUAUGCUCAGCAACGUGGGAAACUGAGUCCUGUGCAGUGGUCUGACUCGGACUUAGAGACCGACAGCGAGUGAGAGAGACAUGCAGAGAUGACUAGAUAAACCCAAACACAAGUCGUGAAUAAAUGAGAAGCAGCAUUUCAGAGUGGAGAGGUAACCCCGCGAGAGAGAGAGAGACAAGGGGGGCUCGAGUGAUUGCUCUUUCUUCAUGAAAGUUGAUGGAAGGUGAAAACACCGGAGGAACAAAUGCAGUGGACAUUAAGCAUUGCAUCACUGAGCAAGCUGGCCUGCCAAUGUCCAAGCCUCCUCCUUUUUACUUAGCCAACUGGGGGCUUGGUCCUGACACCAAACCCGUCUGAUUGACAAAGCUUCGUACGAGUUGUAGCAUUUUUAUAUUGACUUGCACUUGAGGAAUGACUGACUUGAACUUGUACCCAUGUGGAGCCCUCAAAACUCGAGUGUUUGUUCCGUUUUAUAUUUCUUGUUGCUUUUCAACUCUGAACGAGUCUGAUUACAAAUGAAAUGUGAGGGGCGAUAAAAGGUGAAACUUGAAAACAUUUCUCCUUAAUUUUAUGUUUUUACUUUAAGCUGGAAUGGUUCUCUGCGAGAAAAGUUGCAACAGAUUUUUCAGAGAGCCAUUUAGUCCCAUUUCCUUUUUUUAUGUCACUUAUUUCCAAUGACAUGUUCUACGUGUGCUUUAUAUUUGUGCAUAUUUAGUCUAACGAUUCAAAGCCAAAGUACUCACCCUGAAUGCUUGGAUGAGAUAUUAUAAACUGAAACCAUCUAUAUUCUUGUAACAUACAUGUAUACUUUAUUGUGUAUAAUAACAUCUAAAAUAAGAGCAUAAAAAGCCUUGUUAUGUAUGAUUGAUCUAAUCUUCAAAAAGUGCUGGUGAAGUUUCAGUCUUCUAGGUCAUGUUAAUCCAAAGGGUUCAUGUGAAGGCACCUGGACUUCGUUGUUUUCUUGAAGACGUCUUGCUUCUCAUCCGAGGAGCUUUGUCCAUUCUGACUUCAAUAUGGGAGGGUCAAGCUUCUAAACUGUAACUAUCAGUUGUUUCUUAAUGAGCUGAAACUACAUAUGAGUACCCCUCCGAGGAGUUGUUGACGUCAUUAAGACCUAUUGUGUUAGUGUUGAAGGUGCUGGAAAGGUGAAACAGGAGGCCUCAAGUUUUACCUUUCCAGCACCCGCAAUGCACCUCUAAACCUAAUUCCCAAACCGUUUUAAGUCUAGGUCACACCUUGCUGAAUCUAAACAAAACAAACAUUCUACCACAAUAGGUCUUAUAAACAUGGACUCUUUGGAGGGCAGGGAGGAGGGGUAUUCAUGGGUAGUUUCUGCUCAUUACGCAGCAAUAGAAAGUUACGUUUAUAAGUGUGACCCUCCUAUUUUCCAGUCAGAAUUGACGAAGUUCUUCGGAGGAGAAGCCAAACGUCUUCAAGAAGCCAUAGUCCAGUUGCCUUCAUAUAAAUUCUUUGAGUCUUCAGAAAGAAAAUCUACAGAAGCUGGAUUAUGUAACAGUACAGUUCUGGUUUUAAACUCAUGGCGGAUAUUUCGGGUCUAACAUCUUCUUUGCAGUCUGAGCAUCCAGACUGGACGCUCUUAAGUGAUUUGGCCUUAACUAGAUUCACUGCCUCGUAUAGUUUUCAGAUUCAAUACUAUAUUUCAAACUUCUCUUGUUGUUGCCUGUUUUCAAACAUUUCAACUUUAAAAGCCACGAUACUUUUUAAUUCUUGAGGGGUAUUCUGCCUCAGAUUACUGUGCCUUCACGCUUUCCUUAGCUUAACGUCUUGUUAGUGAGUUAAGUCACCCAAACUAGUACACUUACAUACAGUGAGGAUCAUAAGUAUUUGAAAACCUUUCAAUUUUGCAAGUUUUCCCACUUAGAAAUCAUGGAGGGGUCUGAAAUUGACAUUGUAGGUGCAUUCCCACUGUGAGAGACCGAAUGUAAAUAUCAGGAAAUCACAUUGUAUGAUUUGCAAAGAAUUUUUGUUUUGCACUGCUGCACAUAAGUAUUAGAACACCUGAGAAAAUCUGUAUUAAUAUUUGGUACAGAAGCCUUUGUUUGCAGUUACAGAGAUCAAACAUUUCCUGUAGUUCCUGACCAGGUUUGCACAUACUGCAACAGGGAUUUUGGCCCACUCCUCCACGCAGAUCUUCUCUAGAUCUGUCAGGUUCUGGUGCUGGUGCUGAGAAACAGAGUUUCCACUCCCUCCAAAGAUUUUCGAUUGGAUUUAGGUCUGGAGACUGGCUAGGCCACUCCAGAACCUUGAUAUGCUUUUUACAGAGCCAUUCCUUGGUUAUCCUGGCUGUGUGCUUCAGGUCAUUGUCAUACUGGAAGACCCAGCCACGACCUCAUCUUCAAUGCUGUGACUGAGGGAAGGAGGUUGUUGCUCAAAAUGUCAAUACAUGGCCCCAUUCAUCCUCCAGUGCAGUCGUCCUGUCCCCUUUGCAGAAAAGCACCCCCAAAGCAUGAGGUUUCCACCCCCAUGCUUCACAGUAGGCAAGGUGUUCUUUGGAUGCAACUCCUUUUUCCUCCAAACACGGCGAGCGAAGUUUAGACCAAAAAGUUCUACUUUGGUCUUAUCUGACCACAUGACUUUCUCCCAUGCCUCCUUUUGGAUAAUCCAGAUUUGGCAAACUGCAGACGGGCCUGGACAUGUGAUGAAUUCAGCAGGGGAACUUUUCGUGCAAUGUGUGAUUUGAAUCCAUGACGGCAUAGUGUUCUACCAACAGUGACCUUUGAAACUGUGGUCCCAGCUCUCUUCAAGUCAUUGACCAGCUCCUCCUGUGUCGUUCUGGGCUGAUUCUUCACCUUUCUUAUCAGUGAUACCCCACGAGAUGGGAUCUUGCAGGGAGCCCCAGUCCGAGGGAGGCUGACGGUCAUCUUUAGCCUCUUCCAUUUUCUGACAACUGCUUCAACAGUUGACCUAUUUUCACUAAGCUGCUUGGCAAUUUCCCCGCAGCCCUUUCCAGUCUUGUGGAGGUCCACGAUUUAGUCUCUGGUUUCUUUUGACAGCUCUUUGGUCUUGUCCAUGGUAGUAGUUGGAGUCUGACUGACUGGUGUGGACAGGUGUCUUUAAAGAGCUCAGACAGGUGCUGCUAAUUAAGAUGACUAAGUGGAGCAGAGGUGGACUUCUUAAAGGCAGAGUAACAGGUCUUUGAGAGCCAGAAUUCUUGCUGAUUGCCAGGUGUUCAAAUACUUAUGUGCAGCAGUGCAAAACAAAGAAAUUCUUUGCAAAUCAUACAAUGUGAUUUCCUGAUUUUUUUUUACAUUCUGUCUCUCACAGUGGGAAUGCACCUACAUUGUGAAUUUCAGACCCCUCCAUGAUUUCUAAGUGGGAGAACUUGCAAAAUCGCAAGGUGUUCAAAUACUUAUGUUCCUCACUGUAAUACACAGUAAACACCCACAUUUUUUGCCUGGCAUAACACCUUUACACAAGUAGUGAAUUAUCCAGUUGGUGACUGAUUUAAGAUGUGGCUGUUUUAUCAUUUGACCUCAGGGGGUAUCUUUAUUUUUUUGUUUUAAAGGUUUUGGGUUUAUGUCUUAUAAAUUGCCAUUUCAAAGUUUUUUGUACUGUAUUGUAUCCUACUGUAUUUGUAUACCGUCUCAGUCGUUGAAUGUUGGUACGAUGCUACAGCAAAAACAGACAAGUUAUUUCCUUUAUUAAGCUGAACAAAUCACAUGGGGACUGAAAGUUAUAUUUUUGUUGUUGACCGUGAAAUGUAGCUAGAAAAUGUUGGUUGUCAGUAUUUUAGAUCCAUCUUGUAAAAACCAAUCCAAAGGGGAUGAGCUAGCGGUUGACAUUUUUGUAGAGGUCAUUGCCAAACUCAUAAGGACAACAUUAACAGCCACAGCCUUCACCAGGAUGCAACAGGAAAGUAGAUGUCAUAAGAAUCCAUUUUCACUAAACAAAGACAAACCUGUCAUUUCUGUUGACAUAGAAAUAUUAUAUUUAACGUGUUAAAGUUUAAGCAUGGAACAAGAGCCUUGAAUGUUUUUGGGGUAAUGGUGUCAGAUUUUAGUCAAACAUGGUUAUUUUCUCAUGAAUGUGGACCCUGCAACCCUCCAAGCCAAAGGCUAGGCUCACCUUAGGAUUUUAUUUAUUUGUUUUCUUAAAUUUUAGUUCAAUUUUUUUAAUUCAUCCACACCAGCCUACUUGCAUGGACACUACCAGUGCAGCCUUUGACGCAGGGACUCUGGAGCACCUCGGGAACAUAACUAACAUUUCUAUAGCUAAUGGGAGAGUGUGUACAGAGUCUGUGCUUUCUUUUUCUUUUCAUAAGAGGCAGAAUGCUAUGUGGGUUUGCCAUUUGAAUUAUAAGUUUGUUUCUGUGCUUUAAUUUCUUGUGAUUGAUUUAUUGCCUUUUACAUGCUGAUGACCCAUCUGUCCCAUUAAAGCAACGGUCUUAUUAUCUUUA